CACUUAGUCACCAAACACUUAACAAUGUCUCAUGAUGCUCUGUAAUAAUUGACAUCUUACUUAACCUUUACUCUUCCAUCAAAAUUAUCUCUCUUCAUUUUUUCCUGAAAAACAAUACACUUUCACUUCAUAUUUGUAGGUGGGAUGAGCUGAAGUACUAAACUAAAAGUUGGAAAUAGUGCACCAAUUUAAAAUAUUGAAGUGAAGUUUGAAACUUUAAAGCUGCACCCAUCUAAGGAAUUUCAAUAAUGGCAACUGGGUCAAGCUCAAAAUCCCUAGAUAAAACCAGUAAAUCAAAAAGCACAACUUCAAAUCCUCCAAACAACAAUGUUGAACCUUUUGUUCCAAAGAGAGACCAUGAUCCAAGAGACUUGAGAACUUGGGCUAAAAGAACUGGGUUUGUAUCUCUCUUUUCUGGGGAAACAACUGCAGGUUCAACUUUAAGUACUGGGAUUUUCAGGAAUGCAAGAGAAAGGAAUGAGAGGGGUGGGAAUGGGUUUGAUUCAGAAAGGAGGAGACCAAUUGAGGGAGGAGAAAAUUCUGUUUCUCCAAAGAUUGAAAUUGAUCCAGUUUUGGGUAAAUCUAGAGUGGAAAAAGAUGCUGAAAUUCAGCAACUUGGUAAUGGGAAUGGGAAUGUAAAUAGGAGGGGAAUCAAUGGGAAUGCUAAUGAUUUGGGUUCUAUAAAUGAGGAAAGGAGAGUUGGAAUUGAAAGAAAUGGUAAUGGAGGUGGGAAUGAUUUUUCUGAGGGUACUAAUAUGGCUGCUCAAUUGAAAAGACAUGAACUUGAUGGAGAAAAUGAAGUAAAUUUUUAUGAAAAAUCUCCUAAUUUAGAAGUUCCCAUUCUUGGAAGGCAGCCUAGGAGUUUCAAAGUUAAAUGUGGGGUUUUGGAUAAUCCAGGUUUUGUUCCAGUUAUCUACUAUGGACUCCAGCAUUAUCUUUCACUUGCAGGUUCACUUGUUUUGAUCCCUCUUGUAAUGGUACCUUCAAUGGGUGGAACUGAUAAAGAUACAGCAAAUGUUGUCUCCACAAUGCUGCUGGUAUCUGGCAUCUCAACGCUGUUGCAUUCGUUCUUCGGGACUCGUCUUCCAUUGGUGCAGGGAAGCUCAUUUGUAUAUUUGGCUCCCGCACUAGUCAUUAUGAACUCCGAGGAGUUUCGCAACCUUACACAGCAUAAAUUCAGGUACAUAAUGAGAGAACUACAAGGGGCUAUAAUAAUCGGUUCACUUGUUCAAAGCAUAUUGGGAUUCAGCGGCAUCAUGUCUUUGCUAUUAAGGUUAAUAAACCCCAUUGUCGUUGCUCCGACAAUGGCUGCUGUUGGUUUAGCAUUUUUUAACUAUGGGUUUCCUCAAGCUGGUAGUUGUGUUGCAAUAAGCAUACCGUUAAUACUGUUGGUCCUUUUCUUCACUUUGUACCUUCGAGGCGUAUCUAUCUCAGGGCAUAGAAUAUUCCAAAUCUAUGCGGUUCCACUCACUAUUGUGCUUGUAUGGGCAUACGCUUUCUUUCUGACGGUUGGUGGAGCCUACAACUUUAAAGGUUGCAGCCCUAACAUCCCAAGCUCAAAUAUCUUGGUUAAUGCAUGCAUUAAGCAUUCUUACACAAUGAAGCACUGCCGCACUGAUGUAUCAAAAGCAUGGAGCACGUCUGCUUGGGUUCGGAUUCCAUACCCAUUACAGUGGGGUGUCCCUAUCUUCCGCUUCAGGACUUCUAUCAUCAUGAUCAUUGUCUCAUUUAUUUCAUCUGUAGAUUCGGUUGCAACAUAUUAUUCUGCAUCGUUAAGACUCAAUUCAAUGCCUCCGACCCGGGGAAUCGUGACUAGAGGAAUUGCUCUCGAAGGUUUCUGCAGUUUACUGGCUGGGCUGUGGGGUACAGGCACCGGAUCAACAACUUUAACGGAGAACUUGCAUACAAUCAGCAUAACUGAGGUAGCAAAUCGAAGGGGUGUACAGCUUGGUGCCGUAUUAUUAAUCUUAUUAUCUUUUCUAGGAAAAGUGGGUGGUAUUCUUGCUUCCAUUCCGAUAGCACUUACUGCUUCUGUGUUGUGCUUCAUUUGGGCCCUCGUUGUAGCUCUUGGUCUCUUAAAUUUGCAAUAUACUCAAGCAUCUAGUUUCCGAAACAUGGGAAUAGUUGGUGUUUCCUUGUUUCUUGGACUGUCGAUCCCGGCAUAUUUCCAGCAGUUCCAACCUGAGCUAAAUCUGAUUUUACCCAGUUAUCUGAUUCCGUAUGCAACAGCAUCUAAUGGGCCAGUUCAUACUGGCAAUAAACAGUUUGAUUUUGCGAUGAAUGGUAUUUUCUCCAUGAACAUGGUAGUGAGCUUCUUGAUAGCCUUUAUACUGGACAACACGGUUCCUGGAAGCAAGCAAGAACAAGGGGUAUAUAAGUGGUCAACCCCCGAAGAUUUGGCUGCCGAUGCUUCUUCUCAAGCUAAUUAUAGGUUGCCCAAUAAAGUGGCCUGUGCUUGCUGCUGGGCUAAGUGUCUAGGUGUAUGACCAGACCAGUAAGUGUCUAGGGGUAUGGCUCAAUUUAUCAAAGGCCUUUCUCAAGAUUAUACACUCGAUUUUGGGAUUUAUGUAUUACAGCUCAAUGGAGUGAAGGAAAUUAUGCAAGCAUACACAUUAUAUGAAACAAGUGAAGUGCGUGUGAAGCGUGUGAAGGUGCGUGUGAACAAACGUAUGUAUUACAGCUCGAUUUGGGGAUUUAUCUUUUAGUCUAUGAUCAUUUCCAUAGUGUAUGUGCGUGUGAAGCGUUAAUUGAUGUACAAUAUUGAAACUCAGAAAUCAAUGAAAAUGGAGUUUCACUUG